UCAGUCACAUCAUUUUUGCAUGGAGUAAAAAUAAAAUACAUGAUAAAAGACCUCUCAUUAAGGAGUCUUUGUAGAAAGCAAUGUAGCUUCUUAGUAAAAAAAUGGUACUUUUUCUUACGAAAAAUGAUCACGAAUAGUUGGGGGGAAAAUCCACUUUUCUCAGUGUGCUUCAUGAAGUGUGACAGAAAUAGAGGCAGUCCCAUUCUUAUAUAUACUGAGCCCUCAAAAAUAAAACAACUCAUGCGAUCAAAGUUUGUUAAGUGUUUACAUUGUGUUUUGUUAUUAUUUUUUACUUGUAUGGUCUCUGAAUCAGAUGGGGCUGUUGGCCGCAAACAAUUCAAAACUUGGCAAGAAUUAGACUACAGGCAAAUUGCUUAUGCCAUUAAAGAUUUUGCUCUGGCUCUCCCUACUCAGCACUUCACACUAAUUUUGGAUGUAAACGUCGAUGAUGAAUUCUACGAAAUAAUCACGGAACUGUUCAGAGAACAAGGAUUUCUCCACAGCCUGUAUGUAAUCAAGUCCGUGAAAAGCCUCAAAAUGGCAAGUACCAGGGUACUUAUUUCAAGUAAGACUGUUAUUGGUCUCUAA